AGUAACACGACAUGGAAACCGAAGAAGGUAUCGAUAAAACUUUGUUAAAGCGUUGCUAAAGAAACUUGCGGUGUAGCGUGUAAACAGUUUGAAGUUUGAUAGCAACCACUAUGUCGUGUCAGAAGAAAAGUUUCAACUGGAAGUUCAGAGAAUAUGAACGACAUCGUUUGAAGGUGAAAGAAGCAACAUGUGCUAUCGACGUGAAUCCUCCUCAAGAUAGACCUCACGUAGUCUUCAACGCGAAGGGCUUGCAAUUAGAAAGAGAAAAACAAGACCGAAUCAUGAGAGACAAUUUCAUUCUUCUGAAGAAGCUGCGUGAUAUUAUGCAGAGGAAAAGGGUGAUCGAGGAGAGCCACAGAUUGAAGUGGGACGAGUCUCGAUGUAUCAGAACUCGCUGA